UGGAGUACCCGGAUGAGGGCACCCUGUCGGGUCUUUGGGAAGCAGCGGCGGUUCCCGAGGUGGUGGACGCUGGGGAGAGCUGGUCGCGGAGGUGCACCGACGCCGCCUCCUCCUCCUCCUCCUCCUCCUCCUCCUCCUCCUCCGGAGCUGACCCGCCGACCUCAUCCCUAGUCCGCGCCCCUCGCCCGUUCCCAGACCCCGUCCACUCCAUCUUCCUUGCUCCAGGAGCCUUCGGGGUUGUUCCCCCUUCUGGAACCGGAAGGUACUGCAGAGGCCUAGAGAGAGGGGAGGAAGGUGACAUCAAUUUGUGCACCUCGCAGACUAGAACCGAGAUACUGCUUGUCACCUUCACUGUGCUCAGGCCCGGUAGCACCCACGGGAUUGCCCGUCCUACGGCAGCUCGGUGCAAAGGUGUGAACUCAACUUCCUUCAGAGCCUCCCCACCAUGACAGUACCAGUCACAGGAGUCGUGAAGAAGGACCUGGUGCCUCUUCCAGAGCCUUGGGCAUGUGUGGGCUUGUGGGAUCUACACUCACUGCAGGAGGCUCAGCAUGCCCCUGGGCAUGCCCCAGGCCCAUUCUAGAACUGAUCUGGAGGAAAACAGGCCUGGGCAGACCUGGGUUCAAAUUUCAGCCUACCACCAACCAGCCAUGUGACGUUCUACCAAAGACUUGACCUCUCUGAGCCUCUUUCCUCAUCUGCAGUUUAAAAGGUGAGAUGUUGAUCAGACCAAGAUCCUAGGGGCCUCCCAUAGUUGCCUGGUCGACUUUUCUUUCUUUUUCCAUCCCCUCAGGCCACUGGGAACCAAGGAUGGCACCGGACCCCAAGCCCUCCUCUAGCUCUGGUUCGGAAAUGGUUGCAAAUCCCAGGCAGGAUAGACUGUCAGGGAUGGCAAGGGAGCACGUUCUUGGAGGGUGGUGGUGCUGGAGACUGGGCUUGGAAUUGAGACCCACUCUCGACUUCAUUGCGUAUUCCAGUCCCUGGCAGGCUCUGAGAGCCACAAGCCCGUGCCCUUCCUAGGACAGGACCUCUGCCACUCUCAGCCUCCCUUCAGCCCCUGGGGAGAGCAGCAUGAUAAGGCCAAAAUGGAACCAGCUUUGGAGCCAGGUGGACCCGGUCACUUGCUGGCUGUGUGACCUUGGGCAAAGUCAUACCUCCAAGAAGCUAGUGAACUCGGUGGCAGGCUGUGCUGAUGACGCCCUCGCUGGCCUGGUGGCCUGCAACCCCAACCUGCAGCUCCUGCAAGGCCACCGUGUGGCCCUCCGCUCUGACCUGGAUAGUCUCAAGGGCCAGGUGGCACUACUGUCGGGUGGGGGCUCUGGCCAUGAGCCCGCCCAUGCCGGUUUCAUAGGGAAGGGGAUGCUGACAGGGGUCAUUGCGGGAGCCGUGUUCACCUCCCCUGCAGUGGGCAGCAUCCUGGCGGCCAUCAGGGCGGUGGCCCAGGCGGGCACAGUGGGGACCCUCCUCAUCGUGAAGAACUACACUGGGGAUCGGCUCAACUUUGGCCUGGCCCGGGAGCAGGCCCGGGCGGAGGGCAUCCCUGUGGAGAUGGUGGUCAUCGGGGAUGACAGCGCCUUCACCGUCCUGAAGAAGGCAGGCAGGCGUGGGCUUUGUGGCACAGUGCUCAUACACAAGGUGGCGGGUGCCCUGGCUGAGGCAGGUGCGGGGCUGGAGGAGAUCACAGAUCGGGUGAGCGAGGUCGCCAAGGCCGUGGGAACCCUGGGAGUGAGCUUGUCCUCCUGCAGUGUGCCGGGUUCCAAACCCACCUUUGAGCUCUCAGCCGAUGAGGUGGAGCUGGGCCUGGGGAUCCACGGGGAGGCUGGCGUGCACCGGAUAAAGAUGGCAACCGCCGACGAGAUUGUGGCGCUCAUGCUGGACCACAUGACGAGCUCCUCCAACGUGUCCCACGUGCCUGUGCGGUCCGGCUCCUCAGUGGUGCUGAUGGUCAACAACCUGGGUGGCCUGUCAUUCCUGGAACUGGGCAUCGUAGCCGACGCCGCCGUCCGCUCUCUGGAGGGCCGAGGAGUGAAGAUUGCUCGUGCCCUGGUGGGCACCUUCAUGUCAGCCCUGGAUAUGCCUGGCAUUUCUCUCACUCUUCUGCUGGUGGAUGAGCCCCUCCUGAAACUGAUAGAUGCUGAGACCACCGCCUCGGCCUGGCCUAACGUGGCCAAGGUCUCGGUGACUGGGCGGAAGCGGUCCCGGGCUGCCCCCGCCAAGCCCCUGGAGGCCUCUGAUUCCACUGCUGCAGGAGGCGCAGCCUCGAAGCAGAUGGUGCUUGUGUUGGAGCGGGUGUGCGCCACCCUUCUGGGCCUGGAAGAACGUCUGAACGCCCUGGACCGCGCUGCCGGCGACGGGGACUGUGGGACCACCCACAGCUGCGCUGCCAGAGCGAUUCAGGGGUGGCUGAAGGAGGGCCCACCCCCUGCCAGCCCUGCCCAGCUACUCUCCAAAUUGGCCCUCCUGCUACUGGAGAAGAUGGGAGGCUCAUCUGGGGCGCUCUAUGGCCUUUUCCUGACUGCAGCGGCCCAGCCGCUCAAGGCCAAGACUGACCUUCCAGCCUGGUCCGCUGCCAUGGAUGCCGGCCUGGAGGCCAUGCAGAAGUAUGGAAAGGCUGCCCCAGGGGAUAGGACUAUGCUGGAUUCUCUGUGGGCAGCAGGACAGGAGCUCCAAGCCUGGAAGAGCCCAGGGGCUAAUCUCCAAAUCCUGAGCAAGGCAGUCAAGAGUGCAGAAGCCGCAGCCGAGGCCACCAGGAACAUGGAAGCUGGAGCUGGACGAGCCAGUUACAUCAGCUCCGCGCGCCUGGAUCAGCCAGACCCCGGGGCGGUGGCGGCCGCGGCCAUUCUCCGUGCUAUCCUGGAGGUCUUGCAGAGCCAGGAGGCAUGAAUGCCUCGCCGGGCCUCAGGGCCUCACUCACUGCUAUGCCCAGCCGCUGCUGUCACUUACUUGUACCUUAGAACUGUCGCCCUCCCACGCCUCUCGCCCUCGGGCCCUGUCUUCUGAGUUCAGUAGGAACUCCUCAACCAGCCUGCAGAAUUCCUCCACUGUAGAAACUGCAGGCCCAGAGUGGGUCACUGACCUUUCCCUCUUCAGGGAAGGGGGAGUCCUAGGGUCACCCGGCUCUGCCCCCAGCCAGUUCUGAGCUUCGAUGAUAAGGCUUUUCCCUAGGUGGCAGCACAAUGUUUAACUGGCAACUCUCAUUUGGUUUUAAGACUCCCUGUGAAAGGUCUUCUGCACCUGAACUGAGUGUGAAAAAGCAAGCCAAUAAACCACAUUGAAGCAAAAGA